AACCAAUAGCCAGCCCAUAAGUGAACGACAGUAAAAAGGUCAAACAGUUCAUCAAAUGUGUAUUAAACGUUAACCAGUUAGGGUGCUGCCUCUAGUGAGCAAUUCAUGAAAGAAUCCUACAAAAGUAGUGGGAGAUAUUACCUGUCUGUGGUGGUACAGGUAAAUUUAUUAACCAUUAUUGGUUACUAAGUGCUUUUGACGUAUCUUUACAGUGAUAUUUUAUAUUUUAUAAAGGGAUAGUAACUUAAGAUAUCUUCAUGAAAUAUUUUCUACUACUUUUCGCCGCUCUCGCGGUGGAUUGCAAAAUACUAGCAGAGCCUUGUAUCGAUCAUUGUGUCUGUAACUCCAAGCUUCUCAGCAGAUUACAAGUAAUCUCCUGUGACAAGCCGCUAGUUCUUAACAGUACUACAUUCCAAAACAUCGACAAGAAUCUAACGAAUGUUAUUAGCUUCAGUGACGUUAUAAUUGAUCAAAUUCAAGAAAAUGCCUUUAGGGAUUUCAAGAAUUUAGACGAUGUGGUGAUUAGUGGUUCAAAUAUAGGAUCAAUAGACGCCAAAUCGUUUAAUAAUGUCGAGAGAUUGAAAUUUGUCGAUUGCGCUUUUGAAGAUAGUCCUGAUUUGUUUUCAGAACAACUGGAAGAACUCCAUUUCGGUAGCAGUCGUUUGGACCAAAUUCCUAAUUUAAAUAAUUUGUGGAAGUUAACUUUCUUGAAUUUAUCGGGAAACUACAUUAAAUAUGUAGAAGUUGAAGCAUUUACCGAACUUUUCGACUUGGAAGAAUUGCAUUUAUCAAAUAACGAAAUAUUCAGACUACCGGCAACCGUUUUCAUAAACAACCAACAACUUCUUACACUUAAUCUAGACAACAACCCCCUUAAUCAUUUCGCAAUCAACACUUCGGAAUCUUUGGAAAUUUUAUCCCUUAGAAAUUGUAGAUUGGAUAAAUUCGACAAAGAAUCCGCUCACAAACUUACAUCUGUGAAUGAGUUGAACUUAAGCCACAAUAAUAUCAAAAAUCUUUCUAGUGAAACGUUCGCCCACAUGACAGAACUCUCAGUAAUCGAUCUUUCCUACAAUAAAUUGACAGAUCUAGAUGAAAACGUUUUUGCUGAAAACGGUAGACUUAUUAGGAUUACUUUAGACGGUAAUGAUUUUAAUACUUUACCAGUAUUUUAUCGCAAGAAUGAGGAAACCUUCUCGAUUUAUUCAUUUUCGUGCAGGUAUUGCAACCUCAAUACUCUGUCAAGCAACGUAUUCGAGAACAUGGAAGAUAUGAUAAAUCUAUACCUAUCUCACAACAAUUUCCUAAACGUCGAUAACAUGUUCGAUAAAAUAAAAAAUUUAAAAGUUUUGGACAUCUCGGAUAAUAACAUCGCAUACUUCUCCCCGGGGGCGUUUAAAAACAACAAGAAUUUGGAAGUUUUGAACAUUGCUGGUAAUCCUCUUAUGGUUCUCAACCCAGAAGUUUUUGCUGGCAAUUAUCUCCUCAGAGAUAUCGAUGUUAGGAACGCAUCACUCACAAAACUUUGGUCUAACUACAACAAAUCCGUUAAAUCUCUCCGUCGGUUACUACUCGGUGGUAACAAUUUAGGAACCCUAACAUCAGAUGAUUUCGUAAUUAUGCCCGCACUAGAAGCUAUCGAGUUACACAAUAAUCCGUUGAUUUUCGACAAUAAACUUUGUACUCUAUUCAGUUUUUUGGAAGUUGAAGGUAUAAAUCCAAUCGACGCUAGCAGUAAAAAAAAUAACGCAGCUGAUGGAGCCUUCAGAGAAGAUACUGAUGGAUUCAUUACUAUCCAAUGGAAAGAUGUCCAUGGUGGUAUGUGUCCCAAAGAAAUUCCCUUCAACUCGAACGAUGAUAAGACUAAGUACAUAACAAAUAACGAAGAUGAUGAAGAUGACGAUAACGAUGAUGAUGAAGACGAUGAUGAUUACGACGAGGACGACGACUAUUACAUUGAUAACGAAAACGAGGAAGAAACCUCCACUAAAUUCUCUAAAGAAAACGCUUCCUUAGCAAAAGCAACGUACAUUCUUUCAGUUACUUCAGCUUUUGUGUUGAGUGCUUUAAUAGUACUUACCAUUGCUGUUACUAUUACACUUUGCGUUUUACGUAGAAAUAACGGAUUCGAUAUGCAGAAAGCUAACCUACCAAGGCUUAAGAUUCCUCUGUGGAACACCACACAAGGGCACAAGAAACAUAGUGGAUCCGUGUAUAGACCUCUCUCUGAGGAUCUAUCGGGUCCAAAAACUCCGAAAUUGAGUCGUUAUGACUUUACUUCCACUCCCGUUGUCCAUUCGGCUUAAAACUUUUAUUAUUUCAUUUAAAUUAUAUCGAACUUUCGUUUAGCGUAUAGAACGUGUGACUUUUGUUUAAUAUGUACAUACAGAGGAUUCCAACUUAAAUAAGUAGCACUUAAGUUUUAUUUUCCAACUAGAAUUAUUUGCACAAUAUUAAAUUUCAUUAAAUUAUUUUUUGCUUUUCAUCGACUUGUCCGGAAUGGCUUUAUUCUAAAAUUAGAAUAGUUUUUGAUUUAAACUUACGUGGACACGAUUCGAAAAAUAAAUUAAGUUUUAUUGUUUAUAUAAUGUUAUUGCGCUUAUAGUUUAGAAUAAGUAUGUUACUGAAUUACUUAAUUUAAAAAGAAAACUAUUGCCAUACAUCUGAAAAUGUACUUCCUUCCUAAUACUUAAUUUCUGACCAACUUAACUUGUAGUUGUAAUUAAAAUGUUAUCAAUAAAUUUUUUAUCACAGUAUAAAA